CCCCCUUUCAAACUGAAAACGAGACUGCUGCCUGCAUUAUUUCCAAGAACACAUGGUGAAUAGAGGCCCUAGAGCCUCGCACAAUGAAAGAAAAUGCGUCGACUGUAAUCCACGGAAGAAAUCUGAUUUUAGUGCCAUAUCGAAAGGAGCAUGUUCGGAAAUAUCACACAUGGAUGCAAAAUGAAGAGCUACUUGAGAAGACUGCCUCUGAAAGGCUUUCAUUAGAACAAGAGUAUGAAAUGCAGCAAAAAUGGUACAACGAUGCUGACAAAUGUACAUUCAUCAUCCUUGCAAAAUCUCUGUGGAAAAAAAACAGAGAUGAAAUUGAAUCCAUGGUUGGAGAUGUAAAUCUUUUUUUAAAUAAUCCUGAUGAUAGAACAGAAGCUGAAGUAGAAGUUAUGGUUGCAGAACCAGCAUCAAGGGGGUGUGGCAUUGGCACAGAGGCAGUUUUGGCAAUGUUGUAUUACGGUAAUAUGUCUCUUGGAAUAAAGAAAUUCAAUGCAAUAGUUGGAAAUGACAACAAAGAAAGCGUUGCUUUAUUUUUAAAGAUGGGUUUUGCCAAGAUAAAGGAAACAGCAAUUUUUAACCAGUCCACUUUUGAAAUUCAAAUCAGCAAAGAGUCAUUUUAUGAUAAAUUUGCAACUAAACUUUCAUGUCUAUGUAUUGCUACCUAUCCCAUUGAAGAGAAUUAACAUGACUC